AUGGACGACUUGGUGAGAAAUGCCCCCUUCACAAAACUCUGCAGCACGAAGAACAUCUUAACUGUAAAUGGCCAAUUUCCUGGGCCAACACUGUAUGCUAAUAAAGGAGACACCAUUAUUGUCGAUGUUUAUAACCGAGCAAACUAUAAUAUCACCAUCCACUGGCAUGGAGUGAACCAACCAAGAUAUCCAUGGUCUGAUGGCCCUGAAUACGUCACUCAAUGUCCAAUUCGACCAGGUGGAAAGUUCAGUCAAAAGGUCAUAUUUUCUGAAGAGGAAGGUACACUCUGGUGGCAUGCUCACAGUGAUUGGUCUCGAGCCACCGUUCACGGUGCUAUUGUGGUCAAACCCAAGCAUGGGACUACCUAUCCUUUUCCAAAACCACACGAAGAAGUCCCAAUUAUAAUAGGUGAAUGGUGGAAGAAAGAUGUUGUUGAGGUAUACAAUGAUCUUCUUAGAACUGGAGGAGAUGCUGCUGUUUCUGAUGCUUAUACAAUUAAUGGCCAACCUGGUGAUCUUUACCCAUGCUCAAAGAAAGAAACCUUCAAGCUUAGGGUUGAUUAUGGGAAAACCUAUCUCCUCCGAAUAGUGAAUGCAGCAAUUCAAGACAUGUUGUUCUUUGGCAUUGCCAAACAUCAACUCACAGUGGUAGGAAUUGAUGGUAGCUAUGUGAAGCCAGUGAAGGUAGAUUACAUCACAACAUCUCCUGGACAAACAAUAGACGUUUUACUAGAAGCAAACCAACCAUUAGAUCGCUAUUAUAUGGCUGCUAAAGUUUACACAGGUAUUGCUGUGAUUCCAUUUGACAACACCACUACCACUGCUAUUGUGGAAUAUAGAGGAAAGUACAAUCCUUCUUCACAUACCCCAUUUUUCCCUUUACUUCCAAGUUUCCAUGACACCUAUGCUUCAAUUAACCUUUUAAGUCAACUAAGAAGCUUAGCUAAUGAUGAACACCCAAUUGAUGUGCCCUUAAGCAUUAGCACCAACCUAUUCUUCACAACCUCGGUUAACGUAUUACCAUGUCCAAAGGGUGCAAAAUGUCUUGGCCGCUUCGGAGAGCGCUCCUCAGCAAGCAUGAACAACAUAAGCUUUGAAUUGCCAUCCAACAAUAACAUUUUAAAUGCUUACUACAAAAAAAUUAGUGGCGUUUUUGAGGAAAAUUUCCCUGAUGUGCCAUCAUUGUUGUUUGAUUUCACUGCCAACAACGUGCCUGCAUUACUUAAUACUCCUUCAGUGGGUACAGAGGUGAAUGUGCUUGAGUAUGACUCAACGGUGGAGAUUGUUCUUCAGGGGACUAAUGUUUUGAUAGGUACAGAUCAUCCUAUGCACUUGCAUGGCCACAGUUUCUAUGUGGUGGGAUGGGGAUUUGGUAACUUUGACAAGGACAGAGACCCUCUCUAUUACAAUCUUGUUGACCCUUCUUAUGUCAACACUGUUGCUGUACCCAAAAGUGGUUGGGUAGCCAUAAGAUUCAGGGCCAAAAAUCCAGGUGUAUGGUUCAUGCACUGCCACAUAGAGCGUCAUGCCACUUGGGGUAUGGCCAUGACUUUCAUCGUCAAAAAUGGUAACCACCCUGAAGAGCGCAUGCUACCACCCCCGCGACACAUGCCACCGUGUUCAUAA